AUGAAGGUCGCAAUCAUCGGAGCUGGGCCGAGUGCCCUAGUCACCGCCAAGACCAUGCUCGAAGCGGCCGAUUCCGAUCCCAACUUCAAGCCAGAGAUCACCAUCUUUGAAGCUGAAUCAGACAUAGGUGGCACCUUCCGAUAUCGCUCCUACUCGAAUGCCACACUCGUCUCGUCCAAACAGCUCACCUCGUUCUCCGACUUUCGCCUUCCCCUCGAGCACAAGGACCAUCUCACCCUCGACGAAUACGUCCAAUACCUAGAGGACUAUACUACACACUUCGAUCUGAGGCAACGAUGCAAUUUCCGCAUGAGGACAAAGGUCAUCAAGUCGGUCAAGGUCGAAGGCGGUCAUCUCUUGCGGUACCGCUCGCUGGAUGCUGACCACAAAGACGCGGCGGAUCGCUCGGAGCUCUUCUCUCACCUGUGUGUCUGCUCGGGUCUUCACGUCACACCCGCGAUCCCAAGCAUUCCGGGCCUGCCUCCUAUCAUCGAAGGAGAUCAGGUCGUCACGGAGCCCAUGGGCUCAAAGGAAACCGUUGCAUCUCGCAUCCUAGAGCCCAUCCACCACGCAUCAAACGCAUCCGAAAUCGUCACACUCCACUCGUCUCAAUUCAAGGACCGCUCGCUGUAUCGUGGCAAGCGCGUCAUGAUCAUGGGUACAGGCGAGACCGGCAUGGACAUGGCCUACGAGGCGGUGAAGGCAGGUGCAAAAGAGGUCGUCCUCUGCACAAGAUCGGGCUUCCUCCUCUUUCCAGCGGUUCUCGCCGAUUUCGUCGUCUUCGGCAACGUCUUUGACGGCAACCUUCCCAUCGAUGGUCUCAUCACCAACCUCUUCGAGACAGCCUACGUCCACCCUUGGGUUGCGGCUGCCCAUCUGCGCUGGUUCGUCUCGGACUUUGUCAUCAAGCGCCUUCUCUGGGCUCUGACCGGCACGCAGGCUGGGUGCAGUCAGUGGGUCGGCGAGUUGGAACCACAUCGGUUGGGACGCGCCUACACUUUCCUCAACAAGAGCAGCAGAGCCAUGCCAUAUAUCAAUCGCGGCUGGAAGAAUCGUUCGCCUUUCUUGGAACGCAUCACUCGCUACCUCGACCCACCGACGGUCAAGCCCGAAGAGGUGUCUGUCGACCUGGCUCCGAACCCCGCUCGCGUUCACGAGGAUGGCAUCGUCGAGUUCGUCCGCAAUGGCCGCAAGGAGGAUCUUCGCAUGCGGAACCGCAUCGUCAAGCCGGACGUCGUCGUCUACGCCACGGGCUACACUCAGCAGUUCGACUUUCUCUCCAAAGAGUAUCCGGUUCCUGCCACUGUUCGUUGCAGAGACGUGUUCGACCCCGAAGACCCAUCGGUGGCCUUCAUUGGCUUCGUGCGACCCGGUGUCGGCGCCAUCCCUCCCAUCGCAGAGAUGCAAGCACAGCUCUGGACGCUCAUCCUCCGCGACCAGAUCCCAGCACCGCUUUCGACACCUCACUACUACCUCCUCGUCAAAGAAAACGCAAGGAUCAAGUACGGCGUCGACUACUCCUCCUACGUCUCGACCCUCGCGCGCGACAUGGGCACCGCUCCGCCCCUUGGCCAGCUCUGGUGGGAACACGGUCUCAAAGUGACCCUCAUCUACUGCUUUGGUGCUGCCUUCCCCACCUUCUACCGCCUGUUGGGCCCAUAUCGACACCCGGAUGCCAGGCGCAUCGUCGAGACCGAGAUCUACGACACGAUCCAACGUCGCGGUGUUGUCGGCAACCUCAUGAUGGGGUUGAUCCCGAUGAUCUUUUACGCUUGGAUCAACCUCGUCGCUCUCGUCCUGGAGAAAGUUUGGAACGUCGUGAAUGCCGUCACGCGACCAUUUUCACCACGUCGAAGCAAGGGAAUGGCGCAGCAGUACGGGACAAACAAAGCACGUCGGUUCCAGAGCGAUUUUGAACCCCUCGCCACCCCGGUAGCAGCUGUACCGAUUGCACAGAAAGGCAAGGCGGGGCACCAACAACAGGCCGGCAAGGGUAGGAUGCUUCGUCUGUUCGCGCUCUUUGCUGCCGUCCUAGCGGUGGUCAGCCCGGGGGUCGAGGCCAACACCGAGAUUCGAAACUUCGGUCCGGUCCUCUGUCGUGCGGACGAAUACGGUCAUCUGGCGGCCAGGGCUGCGGAUCAGCUCUCGGCGAAUUGGCCGAUCUUGCGUCCGACCUCCAAGCCGUCCCUAUUCACCGUCCAUCCAACCGCUUCGUCCACCCUACUCGAUUCCAAAAGCGGCGCCUGGCUUGUGCUCGAUCUUGCCAGUUCCUCCUUCACGCUCCCCACCCCUCGGCAGGCGGGGAUGUACGCCGACCUUAACCCGCGCGAUCGCUACGUCCGCCAGUGGAUCGAUUCGAUCGCGUGGUACUUCGCCAAGCGCUUCACGCUUCGUGCUUCGGUAGCGGCACAUCUGGCGCUGGAUGUGGAGCUGGACGUGGUUGGACCUGAAGAGGUGUUGAGGAUGGGAGGGGUCGAGUGGCGAGCGGAACUGGUGGACACCGUGAAAGUAGACCGGGAGAGGGGGGGAAAGACGCAGGUGCCGAAUCACGCAGUGGUGACGUCGAUCGUGCCGAAGGAGACGGGCGCACCGAACAAGAAGGACAGGGUGGUGUUCGAGCAGCCGGACAGAGUUGAGGUGCCAGCGGAGAUCCUCGCAAAUGACACGAUCAGGAUGACGAAGGACCCAAGCGAUGUGCCCCGCUUCCCGUGUCCCAAGUUGUACCUGCAUCUGGUGGUGAGGAAGAUCGGGGUUGCGAUUCCACCAGCAGAUGUGGAGAGGGAGGAUUCUCCGUUGUUCUGGCUCGCGGAGAAGGUCUUUGGUUCGUUAGCAACCGAUUCGAAGACGGGGGACGGAGAAGGGGAAAGGACGGCACCGAUUCAUCUCACACUCGAGAGACUGUACCUGGGUGCUGUACCGGCAACGGCAUUGAGCAUGGCGCUGCCGAUGGCGAUGAUGGUCGUAGUUGGAUGGUGGGGUGUCCGGCCGCUGCUGGAUGGGAUGCUGCCAAAGAUGGGCAAGGGAGGAAAGGACGAGUAG